CUGGACUCCUACAUGUUGCCUGAUUGCCUAGUUACCCCUAGAUACACGUUCUCAAAACGGUCCUACUGUAUACUCAUCUCUCUAUUAAAUCCCAGUCUAUUUGGCGCUCACCUUCAGCAUGUCGACGUCGCAGCCGCCAGAAGACGACUCCUUUGUCGCUGUCCCAGGUUUAGGCCAAGUAAAAGGCUUUACAACGUCGGACGGUGUCUCCCAAUUUCUUGGAAUACCGUACGGUUUGCUGAAAACCCGCUGGACGCGGCCAGAGGCAAUCACGCGGUUCGAAUGUGGGAAGCAUGAUGGAACUCGGCACGGCCCAAGAUGCCCUCAGCCAUCCGCCGCCGACUUUUCGCAACUAAGUGUACCCGGCUUCCCAUCUAGUCCUCUGGUUGUGCAAGAUGAAUUCAAAUGUUUGCAUCUCAAUAUUGUUCGACCUAGCGGUUGCACACCCGCGAGCAACCUUCCCGUCAUGGUUUGGAUCCACGGUGGCGGCUUUUCCAUCGGAUCGAACAGCGAGAUCGCAUUUGAUGGAAUUCCACUGGUGAAGGAGUCGAUAUCGCUGGGGAAACCAGUCAUAUAUGUCUCCAUUAAUUAUCGGCUCGGCUACUUGGGCUUUUUCGCCAGUGCAAAAUUACUCGUAGAAAGCGGCGGUAAGAGUGUGGGCAACUACGGGCUCUGGGACCAGCGGCUGGCCUUGGAAUGGGUCCAAGAAUAUAUUGAAGCAUUCGGUGGAAACCCGCAUGCGGUUACCAUAUUUGGCGAGAGUGCAGGUGCAGUUUCUGUACAUUCUCACAUGGUUGCAAAAAGCCCGCUAUUCCAUCAGGCUAUUGUCCAGUCCGGAGCUCUUGGAACCUGCUCACCGGUGACGUUGGAGCGCUUAAGCGCAUGCCAGGGGCACGACCGGCUCGCAGAAGCAUUGGGCUUUACGGAAAAUGUUGACCUCCAAACCAUGAGAGGUACUAGUGCGACAGAGAUUGUGGAAGCGAUGAAAAAGACCUUUAAAGGCCGUUUGGCGGCCUUCACUCUGCUCGAUGAUCGUCAAAUGGAGGAUGGUUUCUUCCCCCCGGACACGGAUUUCCUCGGCAUCCAGCCCUUUUGCAAGCGUAUUGUUAUUGGGGAUUGUGAAAAUGAUGUAACUGGUCCCCCUAUUCUCUCAUCUCAUUUUAGCAUGAUUGCUAAUGUGAACAGGGGAUUAUUACUGCGCUGA